AACACACUAAGACCAUUUGGCAAAUGGCAGUCGAAGUAUGUUAAUAUUUUUGUGUAAAUUUUACAAUUACAAGAAAAUGGUAACAGAUGUAGCAAAUAUUCAGCAAUUGACUGGAAAACAAUGCCGUGAAUUAUUGUUUAUGCGUUCCAAAAAGCCCAAACGUAUUGUGCCAGCCUUUACAUAUCAAGCUUUACAAGACAACACCAUGGUGGAGCCGCCCAAAAAAAUAGAAUUAUUUAAAAAACGUCCUGCAAAGGAUACCUUCUUCAAGAUCUACUGGAAACGUGGAGACAUACCGGUGACCUUUUCGGGUAAACUGUUGCCCAAGAAAAAUACCAAAGAAUUUCCUCUGAAAUGGUAUUGUCCGCCUCAAAAUUUAGACUAUUGUUAUUAUUUACCCAUAUUUGUAGAUGGUUUAUCCGACAAUGAUGUAGAAAUUCGUAAAUUGGCUCAAUAUGGUGCUAUGGACUUAAUAUUAAAAGCUCCUCAAAAAGUACUGCCCGUACUGCCCAAACUAAUAUUACCUUUAAAAAGAGCUUUUAAUACAAGAGACAAGAAAAUCAUAAUUGGUGCUUUAAAAGUUCUACAAUUAAUGGUUUUAGUAGGACCCUGUGUAGGUCAAGCUUUGGUGCCCUAUUAUCGUCAGCUAUUGGCCGUUUGUAAUUUGUACAAAAAUAUUAAUGUUAAUCUGGGUAAUUUUAUAGAUCCCGAUCGUGAUUGUCGCAUAGGAGAUGUUAUCGAGGAUACUUUAAAUAUUUUAGAACAUUGUGGUGGUCCAAAUGCAUUUAUUAAUAUUAAAUAUAUGGUACCGACCUACGAAAGCAGUGUCUAUCCACGUUGUGAAAAUCCUGCAGAAAAGUCUGCACAUGAGGAGGCUAAAAAGGUUUAAGAAGAAUUUUAUGGAUUUUGCAAUAUCUAGAUGUUUUCAAUUUAAA